GGCCACUCUGAGGCCCUUUCCUCUUAAUUGAGUCCGCACAGUGACAAAGUCUCACCAGCUGUUGUGGCUUCACUUCCCAGCCUGGCAUUGGGGAUGAGCCCACGGCAGCCCAGCUCUGGGGCCCUAUUUACAGGACAUUGGUUAAGGGUGAGCUACGGCCUUCCAUACCUCCCCUCAUGCGGGCUGAAAUGGGGUGCUAGAUGGGACCUCCCUCCUCAGCAUCCCCCCACUGCUCUUCUCUUUCUCAGCUCUGCCUGCCACUUGACUCUUCUCUAGAAAGAGCACUCAGCAACCAGGAAUAUGGCGCCAGGGCUCCUGACAGACAGGGAUAAGACAGCAAUCGCCUUCAGAGAUGUAGCUGUGGCCUUCACACAGAGAGAGCGGGAGCUGCUAAGUCCUGCCCAGAGGACCCCGUAUCGGGAUGUCAUGCUGGAGACCUACAGCCAUUUGGUGUCGCUAGGAGUUGCCUUUUCCAAACCAAAAUGCAUCACACAACUGGAGCAAGGGGACGGGCCCUGGCGAGGAGCGCGCGCACGCCUUCAGGAACUCUGUCCAGGUUGUGAGGAAUGUCCUCGGACACAUCCACGAAGAUCCCUAAAAACACCCCAGGUUCUGGCUGGAGGGAGGGUAUGUCCUCAUCUUCACAGCCCGAGUUCAGGGUCUCAUCAGCAAAGGUCUUGGCUCAGAUGCAGUGGAAUGGUCCCAACUGAAAAGCCAAAAUCAAAGCCAGCCACGCCUCUCAACUCCGAUGUUUUAGUGCCACCUUGAGGAUUUUCUAAGAACAGUUCAAAUAAAGUCUGUCCCUCU